CUCGCUCGCUCACUCACUGGCCAAAGGUGUGCUGAGAGGUUCUGUCUCCCUUUGGUCUGGUUUCUUCUGUCCUUGUCCCUUCCCUCCCCCCCCCACCCCCACGCCAAAUUCUUUCUGGACCAGUCCCUCCACCCCCUCUCCUUUUCAACACGGUGGGGUAAUUGUCAGGCAUCUGGCUGUCUUCGGCGAGCUGUGAAAGGGCGAGGGGGAGCUGGUGCCUGGAAGAUGCACCUCCCCAUGCUCGGGGUCUUGUUCCUGGCCGUUUGUCUGAGUGCAGCCAGCGGUCAAGCAGGCAAAAAGAGAAGGCAAAGUCCGUACGAUGCAAAUACCCAGAAUCAGAAUUAUUGUUUAGACAAUGGAAAGGUUUACCAUGUUAACCAGCAAUGGGAGCGUACAUACAUGGGCCGUGUGAUGAUCUGUACCUGUUAUGGGGCAGGGCGAGGUUGGAAUUGUGAAUCGAAGCCGGAUGUCGAGGAGAUGUGCUACGACCAGUACACUGGGACCAGGCAACGUGUCGGUGACACCUGGGAACGCCCAAAGGAUGGCAUGAUCUGGGACUGUACUUGUAUUGGAGCUGGCAGAGGGAGGAUCAGCUGUACCAUUGCAAAUCGCUGCCAUGAGGGUGGUCAGUCCUAUAAGAUUGGGGAUACCUGGCGAAGACCUCAUGAGACAGGUGGCCACAUGUUGGAGUGUGUUUGCCUUGGAAAUGGGAAAGGCGAAUGGACCUGCAAGCCAAUAGCGGAGAGGUGCUACGACAAUGUGGCAGGCACAACUCAUGAUGUUGGCGAGACCUGGGAAAGGCCAUACCAGGGCUGGAUGAUGAUGGAGUGCACGUGCCUAGGAGAAGGCAGUGGACGGAUCACCUGCACCUCACGCAAUCGAUGCAAUGACCAGGAUACUCGAAUGUCCUAUAGAAUUGGAGAUAACUGGACAAAGAGGGACAACAGGGGAAAUCUCCUUCACUGUUCCUGUAAAGGCGGAGGGCGUGGAGAGUGGGAAUGUGAGCGACAUGCGUCUGUGGCAUCCGGUUCUGAAAGCUCUCACCUACAGCGUGAAGUCCAGCGCGUGGCUUAUCAGCCUCAGUGUGUCAGCGACGGAGGUAUUUUGUACAGCGAUGGAAUGCAAUGGCUUAAGAAGCAGGGGAGCUCACGCAUGUUGUGCACCUGCCUGGGUAUUGGUGUGAGCUGCCGCGAUUUGCCAUCUCAGACAUAUGGAGGUAACUCCAACGGACAACCUUGCGUGUUUCCAUUCACAUUCAUGGGCAAGACUUACCAAUCCUGUACAAAUGAAGGACGCACCGAUGGCAAAUUCUGGUGCAGCACGACCAAAGACUUUGACAGCGAUCGCACUUACUCAUUCUGCAACCAGCAUGCUUUCACGUACAUUCAGAGCCGAGGAGGGAACUCAAAUGGGGCACUUUGUCACUUCCCUUACCUGUACAACAUGCGGAACUACACCGAGUGCACGUCUGAUGGAAGAAGGGAUAACAUGAAGUGGUGUGGAACAACUGCAAACUACGACACUGACGGGAGGUUUGGCUUCUGUCCGAUGGCAGAACAUGAAGAGGUUUGCACCAGUUCAGAAGGGGUUAUGUAUCGCAUCGGAGACCAGUGGGACAAAAGGCAUGAGCAGGGUCACAUGAUGAGGUGUACCUGUCAUGGCAACGGCCGCGGUGAAUGGACCUGCAUCGCACAUGCUCAGCUGCGAGAUCAGUGCGUGGUGGAUGGAGUUACGUACGACGUGGACCAGACCUUCUACAAACGGCAUGACGAGGGCCACCAGAUGAACUGCACUUGCUACGGGCAGGGCCGGGGACGAUGGAAGUGUGACGCCAUCGAUCAGUGCCAGGACACCGAGACGCGGCAGUUUUACCAGAUCGGCGAGAGCUUUCACAAGUACCGGGAUGGAAUCCAGUACCUGUGCCACUGCUAUGGCCGGGGAAUCGGAGAAUGGUCCUGUCAGCCACAGUCAGCCUCACCAGGACCUAUCAAAGUGCUGAUCAUGGAGGCUGGGAACCAGACCAACUCACAUCCCAUCCUUUGGAACAAACCGGAAUCGUAUCACAUUGUCCGGUACAUCCUGAAAUGGAAGCCUAAAAACUCAAGGGAGCGAUGGAGGGAGGUGACCAUUCCGGGCGACACCUACUCGUACACCAUCAGGGAUCUGAAGCCGGGCAUCACCUACGAAGGCCAGCUGGUCAGCAAGCAGCAGUACGGCCGGACAAUGGUCACCAGCUUCGAGUUCACAACCUCCUACACGACACUGUCUCCGACUCAGGGUGAGACAAAACUGUUGCCAGAAGAAGACAUCAUUAGGGAGUCCUCGACCACGGAAUCCAUCACCGAGGUUACCUCCAGCAGCUUCGUGGUGUCCUGGGUGACUGCGUCUGACACGGUCUCUGGGUUCCGCAUCAAGUAUGAGCUUAGUGAGGACGAUGCUCAGCCUCAGUACCUUGAUGUUCCAAACACGGUCACGUCUGUUUCCAUUCCCAACCUGCUGCCUGGCCGCAAGUACAUCGUGAACGUUUAUGAAGUCUCGGAAGACGGGGAGAAGCUGAUCCUAACCAAGACGCCCACGACAGCUCCCGACAGUCCCACGGAGUACACAGUUGACCACGUCGAUGAGACCUCCAUCACCAUUGAAUGGUCCAGGCCUCAAGCCCCGAUCACAGGUUACCGUGUGGUGUACACGCCGUCAGUGGAAGGAGCCAGCACCGAGAUCAUUCUGCCCAGCACCUGGACCAACCUGACCCUGACUGACCUGUUGCCUGGCGUCCAGUACAACAUCAGCAUCUACGCUGUGGAGGAGAGCCAGGAGAGCGUCCCGCUGAUCAUCCAGCAGACCACCGGUGGCGUCCCUCUUCCAGUGGUGGUGGAGACCCCCAGCAACCUGCAGUUCAUCGAUGUGGCAGAGAACAAGAUCACCAUCAUGUGGAACGCCCCUCGCACCGAGGUCACCGGGUACCGCGUCACCGUGCUACCCUUGGACAGGCCCGGCCGCCGGCCCACUGAGCUGCCCAGAUCCACCAGCAACUUUGCCGAGAUCACUAGGUUACAGCCCGGCACCACCUAUCGCUUCUCCAUCUACGCCGUGAACCGUGAGGCCGAGAGCCAGCCACUGGUCGGACAGCAGACCACCAAGCUCGAUGCUCCCACCAACCUCAGGUUCCGAAACAUCACCGAGACCACCACGCUGGUGACCUGGACUCCGCCUCGAGCUCGGAUAACUGGAUACCUCCUGACCUGGGGCCUGACCACCGACGGGCAGCCCAAGAGCCUCCACCUCAAGCCCAGCACUACUCGCCACCAGCUGUUCAGGCUGCUGCCCGGAGCCGAGUACGUGGUCGCCCUCACCGCGAAGCAGGACGACCUAUCAAGUCAGAGGGUCCACAAUGUUCUAACCACCCUGGAGACCAUGGGCCCAGUGCCUAACGUUAACACAGAGGUGACGGACACGGCCAUCAUUGUUACAUGGACACCCAUGCCCAGGAUAUCAUUCCGGGUGGGAGUCCGACCUAGCCAAGGUGGAGAAACCCCUCGGGAAGUGACCAGCGACUCUGGGAGCAUCAUCGUCUCCAGCCUGACUCCUGGUACCGAGUACACCAUCUCCAUCACGCUGCUGGUCAACGACCAGGAACGGGAUAGGCCCGUCACCAAGACCGUUGUCACCGAACUGUCCCCACCCACUGACCUACAGGUCUAUCCCGAUCCGACCACGGGAGAGCUCACGGUGACUUGGCGCGAGGGACCGUCACCAGAUAUCACCGGCUACCGAGUGACUUGCGUCCCAAAACCGGGCCAACAGGGCAACCUUCUGGAGGAGUUUGUCGAACCGGGACAGACUUCCUGGACCCCUGAGAACCUGACUCCCGGAGUUGAGUACAAUGUCAGCGUUCACACCGUCAAGAACGGCAAGGAAAGCCAGCCUGCGUCCACGGUGAUAACCCAAGAAAUCCCCCAACUCACUGACCUGACCUUCGUUGACGUAAGUGACACGAGCAUUGGCCUGCAAUGGACGCCGCUAAACUUUUCGGCCAUCACUGGCUACCGCAUCACUGUCAUAGCGGCAGGGGAGUCGGUCCCCAUUCUCGAAGACUUUGUCAGCUCGUCGACGGGAUACUAUACUGUGCAAGGCCUGGAGCCCGGGAUAGAUUACGACAUCAGUGUUAUCACCCUGAUAGAGGGUGGCGCGAGUGUCACCACCACACGCAAGCAGCAAACCGCGGUGCCACCCCCCACCAACCUGCGCUUCACCCAUGUGGGGGCAGACACCAUGAGAGUCAGCUGGUCACCCCCUCCCUCCAUCGACCUCAGCAACUUCCUGGUGCGCUACCGACCCGUGGGAGAUGAGGAGGGGUCGACUGACCUGACCAUCACCCCUUCUAACAGCAUGGUGAUACUGACAGGGCUCCAGCCUGGCACAGAGUACCUGGUGCAGGUGUACUGUGUGAUUGACGAGAGAGAGAGCGCUCCACUGAGUGGCACUCAGCGAACAGGCAUCGACUCCCCAACUGGCAUCGACUUCUCCGGUGUGGCGACCACAUCUUUCACCGUGCACUGGCUGCCCCCGAAAGCCCGCGUCACCAGCUACCGGGUGCGGCAUCAGCUCGAGGGCAGCACCAGGGCCAGGGACGAGCGGGUUCCGGCCUCCCGCACCUCCCUGCUGCUCACCAACCUGGCCCCGGGCUCGGAGUACGUCGUCAGCAUCUACGCCUACGAUGGCCGGCAGGAGAGCCUGCCCCUGGUCGGCCAGCAGUCCACAAUCUCUGAUGCUCUGACUGACCUGGAAUUUACCCGUUCCACGCCCAAGAGCCUUACCAUCAGCUGGAAGCCGCCAUCCAUGACUGUUAAAUUCUACCGUAUUACUUUCGGAGAGUCAGGAGGCCGUGGACCAGUGAAGGAGAUUACUGCACAGGGGUCUCAGUCCACUGCCACCAUCUACGGCCUGCGCCCGGGCACCGAGUACACGGUGACUGUCUAUGCUGUAACUGGCCGCGGAGACAGCCCGGCGACCAGCAAGCCGGUUGUGGGCUCUGAGAGGACAGAGAUCGACAUGCCCACUUCGUUGAAGGUGAAGGAGGUGCACGACAACAGCCUGACCAUCAGCUGGAAGCCCCCCGUCGCCCCGGUGACCGGCUACAGAGUCACCAGCGCCCCGAAGGAUGGCCUCGGCCCUGUAACAUCUCACACUGUCCCGGCAGGUCAGACUCACCUGACCAUUGAGGGCCUGCUGCCAACGGUGGAGUACAUGGUCAGCGUGUAUGCCCAGGGAGAACAUGGAGAGAGUGCGCCACUCACUGAAACGGCAGCCACCACCAUCGACCGCCCAAAGGGGCUGACCUUCACAGACGUUAAGGUAGACUCCAUCCGGUUGGCCUGGGAGAGCCCCGAGGGUCAGGUCACGGCCUACAGAGUGAUCUACUCCAGCCCCGAGGACGGGGUCCAAGAGCUGCUGCCCAGCCCCCACUCUGAGGACGAUACCGCCGAGCUGGUGGGCCUGAGGCCUGGCACUGAGUACACAGUGCAGGUGUAUGCCCUGUAUGAUGACCAGGAGAGCACUCCUCUGAUAGGCACCCAGAGCACAGCCAUUCCGCCCCCCACCGACCUGGAAUUUGUUCAGGUGACUCCGACGAGCAUGACCAUCGCCUGGCACGCACCUGACGCCGAUCUGACCGGCUACCGGGUGGUGGUGAAACCAAGGGAGAAAGCAGGGCCCAGCAAGGAGCUGAAUCUGGGACCGGACAACACCAGCGCCACCGUCUCUGGGCUCAUGGUUGCAACUAAGUACAACAUCUUUGUGUACGCCAUCAAGAAUUUCUUGACCAGCAGGCCUCUGCAAGGCAUCAAAGCAACACAGGACGACAUCGGCUCUCCUCGGAAAAUCCGUGUCAGCGGGGUGACGGAGACCAGCAUCACCCUGCAGUGGCGCACCAAGGCCGAAACUGUCACGGGCUUCCAGAUCGACGCCAUUCCCACCGGUGGGCAAAGCCCAGUACAGAGGACUGUGGGGCCCAACCAGAGGUCGUACACCAUCACAGGCCUACUGCCCGGCACCGAGUACAGCAUUAACAUCUACUCGCUGAAUGGCGACUCUCGCAGUCCCCCCUCCUUGGUCAUAGCUCGGACUGCCAUCGACUCUCCAUCCAACCUGCGGUUCAUCUCCACGACUGCCAACAGCGUCAUGUUCACAUGGCAACGGCCACGUGCCCGCAUCACCGGCUACAUCGUCACCUACCAUGCCAAGGGGGAACAGCCGGUGGAGCUCUAUCCGCGACCCACCAUCAAUACCCACGAAGCAGUGAUUACAGGACUGCGGCCCGGAACUGAGUACACCAUCAACAUCAGAGCUGUUCAGAACUCUCUGCAGAGCGAGCCACUGAGUGGGAAGAAAACGACAGCGCCCUUCCCGCAGCUUGCCACGCUCCCACCGUCCGUAAGCCACGGGCAGCCCGAGUACCUGGACAUCCCCUCGGUCUAUGAGCAGUCAGAGUUGUCCUCAGAGACCAGGUAUGACGAGGGCCGCGGUGUGCCGAUUGCAGGACCCGGCGACGGGGGUCAGAGGCCGUCGGUCGAGCAGGGAAGCAGGACCACCGGCCAGCCCGACGACCGGCCAUCGCUGCCGAGACCGGCCAGGCCCAAGGACAAUGAGAGAACCACCAGCCCCGGUCGCGGUGGCCAAGUUACGGGCGCCGAGGGCCCCUACCAACAGGGCCCCACCAGCCCCACCCACUCGCAAGGGCUGGUGGUGGAGGAGGAAGGCCUGCCCAACGGGCACGGACGCCAGCCCAAGACCAUCAUCUCCUGGCAACCCAGCACCGUCGCCUGGGAGUACCUGGUCACGUGUCACCCUGUGGGCCAGAAGGAGAAGGUUUUCGAGCUCCGGGUACCAGGCACAUCGACGUAUGCCGUGCUGCCCAACCUCGUGUUAGGAACGCAGUACAAGGUCCUGGUGGAGGCUGUGGAUGCGGAAGGGAAGCACAAGAUCCUGGAGGAAAUCAUCACAGUCGGAAGUACCUCUCCCGACCAAGCCUCCCACCUCGUCCCCGAUGAAUCCUGCUUCGACACAGCCACAAAUUCCCACUAUGCCAUCGGCCAGGAGUGGGAGCGAAUGUCCGAGACUGGUUUCAAACUCUGGUGUAAAUGCUUAGGCUAUGGAAGUGGUCAUUUCAGGUGUGACUCAACUAAAUGGUGCCACGACAACGGUCUGAACUACAGAGUCGGCGAGAAGUGGACUCGCCGCGGCGACGGGGGCCAGAUGCUGAGCUGCACCUGCCUGGGCAACGGCAAAGGGGAAUUUAAGUGUGAACCGCACGAAGCCACUUGCUACGACGAUGGGAACAUGUACAACGUAGGGGAACAGUGGCAGAAGGAGUACCUCGGUGCCAUCUGUACGUGCACUUGCUUAGGAGGGCAACAGGGUUGGCGAUGCAACAACUGCCACAGGCCUAGGCUUGACCUGCUGGUAGACGGAACCAACAGCCAGUCAUCUGAAUCAUCAUUGUCCCAGUAUACACAGAUAAGACAUGGAACAAGGUACAUACACUGCCCGGUGGAAUGCAGGAGCCAGGGGAGUUUGCUGGCUGACUCUGGGCAGCUGGAGUAAGGCGACAGACGGCGAGAGCAGAGCUGCAGGCGAUUGGCUGCUUGGAAUAGCGACGGGAGCUUCCGGGAUAGCGCGUGCUUAGCACGUCCGACUAUGUUCUUCCAGCUUCAGCACCACUCUCUCUCUCUCUCUCUCUCUCACACACACACACUGACCCCCUCCCUUCCUGUCCUCCAGCUCCUAUCACGGCCCUGCACCUACACAAGGGGAGUGACCCUCAUGGAAAAAGUCGAAGGCAGACAUUUUCCAUUUUUAUUUCCUUUUUUAAAAAAAAACGGAACUGAGUUGGGUUUUUGGUGCUCGUUGCUAUUGAGUGCAGCCCAUUAUACCCCCCAUCAUUAAGGACCAAGCCUCACUUUCCUCCCCACCCCUCCUUGAGCAUAGUCUACCUGAUAAAAGGAUCAAAUGAACAAUUUUAAUUAAUUAAAAAGAAACACAACUUUCUAUUCCACAAAUGCUGCAAGACCCCCUCGCCAAGUGUCUUAAUGAUCACAAUGUUGUAAUUGUCUUGACUGUAAUGAGCUGUUUUUAAUUGAAACCUUUCUGCCCCCCCCCCCCCACCCAUGCAGUGUUUAUUCUAUUGUAAACCUUUUAUACUGUUUAACAUAAACGAGGAUUGGGCACUGCUCUUGCGAUCGUGUUUCUAGUUGUUUGUCGGUAUAUUUGCCGCGAUCAGUGUUUAUAGAUGCCAGUGCCUUUGUAUUUUCUGACCUACGGACGGAAAAUCCUCAAUUCAAUAAAACUUUUACAAAA